UUACGACAUUUUCGAAUAAUACCAGUAUUCUAAAAUAGAGUUCAUAGAUGUAUUCUAUCGUAACGUCACGGCUGGAGCAUAGAGUAAGAUGUUACUCUGUGACUGAAGUACAUAUGAAAUUGUGUUUGUAUAUAUGUAGAGCAAAUGUCAGCAAAAAUAAGUUUAUAGGUUAUAACAGAACUUUUUAACCUUUUGUAAAUAUCCUAUUACACGAAAUUUAUUAAGUUAUAUUCUAUUUUCGUUGCGCCGCCAAGAUGCCACGCUCCAUUAACGCUAAAGACAAAAUAGAAGAAAUGCAAAACAUAGACGAUAUCGUUUCUGACUUUGAUUGUAUCAAAGUAUCGGCUCUAAAGAAAGUUUCUCGCAUAUCGGAGAGACUGAAAGACGGGAUUUUAAUUGGUUCAAAUUCGACGGCGAUCAAAAACGAGUCAAAGAAAUCCGAGAAUAUAGAAAAUGAACAGAAUAUAUGCAAUAUCAAACCUUCGCAGAAGCCCGGUCAAAUGCAGAAUAAUAAAAUCUCUAUGCAGAGUGGCAUAACAUUCUCAAUAAAAAAAAUCUUUUUAGAAAGCGAAUAUCAGAGGAAGGAAGAAGUUUGGAAGGAGAUCGAGCGUCACUGCCAGCAUAUGAAGGAAAGCGGAGAAGCUAUAAAAGAGCAUAUGGAAAUAUCUCGCUCUCACAUGGCCAAAGAACGCGAGCGUAAAAGUAAAGAGAAUUAUGCAUAUAUAUUGGCGGAGGAAAAGAUUGUAGAGCAAGAAGAAAUACGUAAAAGACUGGAACGGCAAAUGGAACUCGAAGAAUAUAGAAAAAGAAUGAAAGAAAAAGAGGAGUUGACUAAAAAAAUAAUGACCUUUAGAAAUGCGUUUAAAACCAUGUAUUGCGACAUUAUAACUCUCUCUGAAAAUUGUAGAGACGAGAGUUCUGUUACUAACGUAUUAUCUUCUUACACUGUGAAAUUACAAGACUUGCAUAAUCAAAUGGAGUGUAUAAAUGAGAAAGUUAAGGCAGGGGAUGUAACAUCCGCCGAUUUGAAUGUUACAGAAAAAAUGGUUGAUCUAAUCGGUGAAAUAUUGUCUGCUUUUAAAUCGGAAAUAGAAAGGAUAAACUCUCAGUACGAAGCAAAUUUAGCUAAUAUGGAAAGUGCAAAGCAAUGCCACGUACAAUCCGAAGUUUUACAAACCCAAACAAUUGACAAUACUGAAAAUAAUUGUGAGGCAAUUGCUCCAGUAUUGACGAGCAUUAGCGAUAUUCAAAAUAAUGAAGACAAACACGAAGAUCAUGUGUACGAAUAUGUCGAUAAGGAAUUUUUACAAAUGUACUUGAAUAGCCAACAAUGUUUGGAGAAUUAUGCAAAGAGUUAUCAGGAACUUCUACAGUCUGCGAGUAUGAAAAAGUUUCGAUUCGAAUGUCAGAAAGCGAUAAAUAUACCUAUAAAUGCAAUCUCUAGUUUCGACGAACGGCAUCUUAGAGACAAAUACGACAGAUUACAUAAUCUUCUAAUGGGAAAAUCGUCGCCAAAUAUCAAUCAACAUCCGGAGGGGCCGGCAUUCUGCAAAGAUGUUUUGGCUAAAAAAAUAGUUAACCAAGGUGAAACGUUAGUUUCGAGCAAACCAAAAAUGGCAUUUCCAAUAGCCGCGAUAAUCGUAGCACUUUGGAACGAUCAUUCUGAUUUCGGCGAUUUGAUUCUAUCACAUUUUCAUACCUCUUGUCCGUUCACGAUUCCCGUGUUUCUGCCGAAAAUCGCAGACCAAUCGAACGAAAAUUAUUACAAGUCGUUGGGAUAUAAAUAUAACGAUGACGGCACGAUCGAGACGUAUGAGAAAUUUGUGAAAAGAAUGUCUGGUUUAAUGAGAUUAUACGCUUCAAUUACUAUCACGUCGCAAAGAAAAGGCAUUAAUAAAACUAAUCCACACGGACUUCAAAAUGCGUGGCGAUGGCUAGCCGCUGUUUUAAAUAUCGAACCGCAGAUAGACGUAACGGAUCUUUGUGCAACCCUUUUAUUGGACAUGCUGGAAGUGGCGGGGGCUGCACUGUGGACCGCGUACCCAAAUCAGUUUCAUAAAUUAUUGAUUUUAUUGUCGGAAGAAUAUUGUCCGCACAUGCAAAGUGUGGGAUGCAUCGGCGGUGGGCCGUUGGUACGGCUCAACGAAUUUUUGAAGAAUAGUUUAACGAAAGGUUUCAUACCACCCCCCGACGGUCAACUUCCUCCAAAUUUCUGGUGAUCUUGAUUUCGCUUUAGCUCUUUUUGAUUUGCAUUAGAUAUCUCUUCUUUACAAGAGGUUUUUUUGAUAACGUUUUACGUUCACGUGUUGGACGAACUAUUUUCGAACCGAUCUGUUGUAGAUUUUAAUAGUCUUUGAAGAGAAAUUGUUUCUGACUAAUUUGUAUAUACAGGAAGUACUUGAUUAUCGUACUUAUAAAAACCGCGCGAAGGACAAGAAACGUAAUGAAUUUAAAAAAAAAAAAUCGAAUAUUUUCAUCGUGUAUGUCUAUGUAUGUGUAACGUAAUAGAAAUAACCUUUAGUAGUAUGGUAUGCUUGCAACUACAGAUUUUCUAUUGUUCUUCGCGAAUGUUCGUAAUACUGUCCAUCCCAUUCGCCAUUUUGAAUUGUAUUUA